CCUCGCAUUUAAGAUUGACAUGACUAACAACAGCUCUGUUGAUGGUAAAUCCUUCAUCCGCAAGAUUAAUGAUAAGGUGAUAAUUGUACAAAUUUUGGUGGUAAUUUUUCUAUGCAUUAACUUUGUGUUAAUUACAACUUUUUUUAUGAAGGAAAUCUUCUACACAAACAUGCGCUACAUUUUAUUUGCCAACACACUUUUUUGUGAUUGCACUAAUUUAGUAAUCACAAAUAUUUUGCUGAACUUAAGCUAUUUUGCUGUUCCUAUACCAUUAUGGUUCUGCAUUAUCCUCUUCAUUGUAUCAUCGUUGUGUAAUUUUGUCACUCCAUUGACUCUGACAGCAAUGAGCCUGGAGCGCUACGUGGCUAUUUGCAAACCACUGUCUCAUGCAGAGCUCAUUACCUCAAGCAGAGCCCUGCAGGGCAUUCUCCUGAUUAACUGUCUCAGCAUUAUACCCUUUAUUGUAAUCCUUUUAUUGUUUUUCUCUUCAGUCAGUUUAAGCCUGUUAAAACAUUUUGUUGUCUGCUCUGUAGAAAUGUUUAUUUUGUACAGAUGGCAGAGUGAAGUUAGGUCUGCAAUUAGUCAGUUUUACUUCCUGAUCAUGUGCAUCCUCAUUGCCUUUUCAUAUAUUCAGAUAAUGAAAGUUGCCAAAGCUGCAUCGGGAGAGAAUAAAGUGUCGGUGCGCAAAGGACUCAGAACAGUAAUUCUACAUGCUUUUCAGCUCUUGCUCUGUCUUAUGCAGUUGUGGACCCCCUUCAUUGAAGCUGCCAUAAUUCAGAUUAAUUUGAGCCUGUUUGUAAACAUUAGAUACCUUAACUAUAUAUUUUUUAAUCUUGCUCCGCGAUGUUUAAGUCCUCUGAUCUAUGGACUCAGGGACGAGGCCUUUCUACAUGCACUGAAACACAGGGUGUUUGGUUGCCCAUUCAAGAACAAUUUGAAACUCUAGUUCUUAAGCAUUGACACUGAAACAUUAUUAUUGACCUGUAGAAACAUCAAGCCUUUGUAUGCCUACAGAUGUACUGUAUUUUUUUAAGUUUUACUAUAUCAUUUGAACAUACUUUAACCAAUGUACUCAGAACUGAUACUCUAAAAAGGAAGAAAUAGUGAACAUGGUUAGAAAAAGCAUAAUAGCUAUUUUUUUUACUUUGUGAUGUUUGUCGUAAUGUGAGCUUAAUACCUUUAUAGUUCAGAGUAAGAGAUGUCAGCUGCUUACAUUUUUUAAAUGCAGGUCAUUAGUUUUUCUUAUAUCAGUGACAAAAAACUACCUUGUUUCAUUUUUCCUAAUGUCUAAUUGGUGAGCACUACUAGUAAUAUAAUAGAAAAGAUAAAUAUCGUAUUUGCACAAUUAUCUGAGUAAUUAUGUUUGAAAAUGAUAAGAAAUGAAAAAAAAAUGUAGAAACAAUAAGAUGUGUGAGAUGAAAAUGUUUCCAGCAGGUGUGUUAUCUGUGUUGCUUUAGGACCCAAUGUUAAUAAGGAAGCUUAUGCUAAUAAUCAAUAAAUCAUAGAAAUGCUUGGUUCUCCUGUGUGGACAGGAGAACGAGUCUCAACCCCAAAAUGUUGUCAUUUAAACAAUGUUAUCUUAACCUUUUUUAACAUCUGGUGGUUGUACAUAAACCAUAUAUGCAAUUAUGUGUCAAAGAGUUGAAAGCGAAGAAAAAGUUAAGGAAAGAAAGAGGAAAAAGAAAAAAAUUAAAUCUUCUGAGGUGACACUUUUUAAAGUUCCAUGCAUAACAGUUUAAAUACAUCCAGCAAUUUUUGGAAAAAAAAGUUGUAAUUGCUUAAAUAACAUAAUGUACAUAUGUUUAGUUUUUUGGUGCUGUGGAUAUAAAUCUGAUAAUGUCUGGAAAUUAUGGUGUGAUAACUGAAGCUUCAGUUAAGUGAGUAGGCUCUUAUUUGCAUUGUUUCAAGUACAAUUUUUUUUCUUCUGUUGUAAUGUACCUUCAUUUGCUAAUUAAAA